CCACUACCAAUUGAUUGGAGUUAGCCUGUGAGGUUGCCUCUCACUUAGAGCCAUCUACCCUGAUUCUCCUCUGAAGUAAAUAAACAACUCUAAUUCUUCUGUGCGCUACCCCUUCAGGAGCCUGGAGAGGCGUGGCUGGACCAACACCUCCCCUGAUGUGAGCAGGUGUCCUCUUCCCCUCAUCACCCAUUGCCGCUACGCCAGGGAACGUCCUCAAGCCCUGGCCCUCAGGGGAGAGGAAACAGGAGCCCAGAGCCGAGACCAUGUGACGGCGCUGGCCCUCGCCACCGCCGUCCCCCCACCCUGGCCCCAGGCCUGGCACCAUGAUGUUCCGAGACCAGGUGGGCAUCCUUGCUGGCUGGUUCAAGGGCUGGAAUGAGUGUGAACAGACAGUGGCCCUGCUGUCACUUCUGAAGCGAGUCACGCGCACCCAGGCUCGCUUCCUGCAGCUCUGCCUGGAGCACUCACUGGCAGACUGCAAUGACAUUCACCUGCUGGAGUCGGAGGCCAACAGUGCUGCCAUUGUCAGCCAGUGGCAGCAGGAGUCCAAAGAGAAGGUGGUGUCCCUCCUGCUGUCCCACCUACCCCUGCUUCAGCCAGGCAACACGGAAGCCAAGUCGGAGUACAUGAGGCUGCUGCAGAAAGUGCUGGCCUACUCGAUCGAGAGCAAUGCCUUCAUCGAGGAGAGCCGCCAGCUGCUUUCCUAUGCCCUCAUCCACCCGGCCACCACACUGGAGGACCGCAAUGCACUGGCCCUCUGGCUCAGCCACUUGGAAGAGCGGCUAGCUAGCGGCUUUCGCACCCGACCUGAGCCCACCUACCACUCUCGCCAGGGCUCGGAUGAGUGGGGUGGCCCUGCAGAGCUGGGCCCUGGGGAUGCAGGGCCAGCCUGGCAGGACAAGCCACCCCGGGAAAAUGGACAUGUGCCCUUCCACCCACCCAGCUCAGUGCCGCCAGCCAUCAACAGUAUUGGGAGCAACGCAAAUGCAGGUCUCCCCUGCCAAAUCCACCCCAGCCCGCUGAAGCGCUCCAUGUCGCUCAUCCCCACGAGCCCCCAGGCCCCUGGUGAGUGGCCGAGUCCAGAGGAGCUUGGGGCCCGGGCUGUUUUCACCACGCCCGACCACGCACCCCUCUCACCCCAGAGCAGCGUGGCCUCCUCUGGCAGUGAGCAGACGGAGGAGCAGGGCUCCAGCCGGAACACUUUCCAGGAGGACGGCAGUGGCAUGAAAGACGUGCCCUCAUGGCUCAAGAGCCUCCGCUUGCACAAGUACGCAGCCCUCUUCUCACAGAUGAGCUAUGAAGAGAUGAUGACACUGACUGAACAGCACUUGGAGUCUCAGAAUGUCACCAAAGGUGCCCGCCACAAGAUAGCCCUGAGCAUCCAGAAGCUGCGCGAGAGGCAGAGCGUCCUCAAAUCCCUGGAGAAGGAUGUGCUGGAAGGCGGAAAUCUGCGAAAUGCUCUGCAGGAGCUGCAGCAGAUCAUCAUCACCCCCAUCAAGGCCUACAGUGUCCUCCAGGCCACCGUGGCCGCCACCGCCGCCGCCACCUCUACUGCCAAGGAUGGGGGCCGGGGGGAGCCACCGCUGCCAGGUGCUGAGCCUCCCCUGGCUCACCCUGGCACAGACAAGGGCAGUGAGACCAAUGACCCUCCAGCUGCAGAGAGCUACCCCCCUCCACCAGCUCCGGCUCCCACUGAUGGUAGUGAGCCAGCCCCCGCUCCCGUCGCUGAUGGAGACAUCCCCAGCCAGUUUACACGGGUGAUGGGCAAAGUGUGCACCCAGCUGCUGGUGUCCCGACCAGACGAAGAGAACAUCACCAGUUACCUCCAGCUCAUCGAAAAGUGCCUGUCUCAUGAGGCUUUCACGGAGACACAGAAGAAACGACUGCUGUCCUGGAAACAGCAAGUGCUGAAGCUCCUCCGGACCUUCCCGCGCAAAGCUGCACUAGAGAUGCAGAACUACAGGCAGCAGAAAGGCUGGGCGUUUGGCUCGAACUCACUCCCCAUAGCUGGUUCUGUGGGGAUGGGGGUGGCCCGGCGGACCCAGCGGCAGUUCCCAAUGCCUCCCCGGGCCCUUCCGCCUGGCAGGAUGGGCCUUCUGAGCCCUUCGGGCAUUGGGGGCAUCUCCCCUCGACAUGCCCUCACCAGCCCCAGCCUUGGGGGCCAGGGCCGACAGAACCUGUGGUUCGCCAACCCUGGAGGCAGCAACAGUAUGCCCAGCCAGAGCCGCAGCUCUGUGCAGCGUACCCACUCGCUCCCAGUCCACUCGUCACCCCAGGCCAUUCUCAUGUUCCCUCCAGACUGCCCGGUCCCUGGGCCUGACCUGGAGAUCAAUCCCACUCUGGAGUCUCUAUGUCUGAGCAUGACAGAACACGCCUUGGGUGAUGGGACAGACAAAACCUCCACCAUCUGACAGGACCCACAGCCCAGCGCACCCAUAGGCUCCCCGGGCGGCGGGCGGGGGCCAACCCCCAACGGGCUUCUCCGCAACAGCGAGAGGGUGGGCUGGCUCAGCUAUACAUUCUAAUAUUUUUCUACUCUCUCACCCUUUUAACUUUGGUUUAACAUUGGCACACGCCUUGCUCACUCCCAGGCCCGUCGAGGGAUCUCUGCUGAGGCCCGGGGAGGUAGGGGGCAGCCAGGAUAAAGGGGGCAGGGACUGGCCAGCCUGCCUGCCCCCUCCUUCCCUCCUUCACCCCCCACCUGGCCCUGUCCCACCCCUGCCUCCUCUAGACUGCCGGCCACCUGCCCCUCCCAAGGAAAAAGUCUCCCCCAGACUCACUGACCCACUCUCUUGUGGGGCCCGCUCAGAACUAUCUGACAUUUGGGGAGAGAUGAGUGGGGUAGAUAAUCUGCUCUCCUGAAUGUUAUUUGAGAGGAGCUGAGGAGAUAAAGGCCGGUGAGGAGAGGAGCGUGUCUGUCUGCCUGUCUCUCUCUCCCUCACCUCCUUACACCUUCUUCUUCCCCAUUCCCAUCAUUCCCCAAGGACAGGAGCCACCCUCCUCUCACUCACUUCCUUUUGCCCUGUUUAUCAGAGGUUCUCUGCAAUUAAUUUCUUAGGUCUAUUUAAGAUACAUAUUUAUAUAGUUCUUAACGGUUUUUCUCUCUGAUCAUUCCCUCUCAUUUUUAGAAUCCUCAGGCCUCUCUCUGAGCCAAGAAAGUGGCAGGGGGAGCCUGAAUUUUACGAGGGGAGAGGGCAGAGCCCCCUCCACACCCCCUAGCCCUUCCCCACCCCACCCCUAGCCCCGGCUCCACAGAUGCAGAGGUCGAAGGCUGGAGCCAGGGCAGCCAGCGAGGUCAGGAAGUCUGUUGCCUUAACGUCUCCUACCCUACCCCCACCAACACAAAUUCUUCUCCACUCCCAAGUCUAGCUGCUGAAAGACUUGGGGGUAAAGAAUAAGGGAAAGGGGAUGGUUUUUGGUUUCCUUCCCCACCCGUAUCUCCUUUUCUUUUACCCUUCCCCCACCCCACCCCCUCAUUGUCAUGACCUCACUUAAGUGGAACACUAUAUAUCAUAACCCAGAGGUUCGUCCCAGCCCCAGAAUCAUACCAAUCUCUGUUCCUACUGAGGGGUUGUGCUGGGGCCCAGUUGGAGGGAGGGGAUUUGGGGGUUCAGGCUAUGGGGAAGCCAGGGUCCCCUCUUCCAACCCCAUCCCCUCAACGUUCCCCCCCUCACUGGGACAUUCUCAAGCUUUUCACACCGAAAAGGAAAAAAUGUUAUUUUUAGAUACAUUUUAUGAUAACUUUUGUUAUGAAUAUGGCUGGUAACCAUUGUGUAUGUUAUUAAAGAUAACAAAAUGUUGGGAAAAAACAAAAAACCAAAAAAAAAAAUUUUAAACCACCACCCUCCCUGCACUCACCCACCCAUUCCCCAGUCCUUCUUGCCUCUGCCUCCCUGGUGUGGACCUCCCUCAACUCUGACCCAGGGUUGGGGAGGAAGCCAGGGGGUGGGGUGGCCCUGGGGACCUACUCUAGGUCCCUACCUCCUCUCCCAGUGCCGGGCUGGGUGGGGUGUCAGGUUUAUUUAUGUACCUCUUGCACACUCAUCAACCUAUGCAAGUCCCCCAUCCCGGCCCCUCCAUGUUUCUGUGCCUUUGCUCAUUCCCCUCCAACUCCCAGGGCUUCUCCAAUCCUCCUCCUAGCCCGGGGAAGUGGGAUGGACAGGGGCCACCUCGUUUUUUGGAAUCAGCAGGGUGUCCCUCUUAAGAGACCCUCACCUCCUCCCAGCCAGUCCUGUCUUGUUCACUACCCAUCAGGGUGAGCUGGGUCUGCCUGGCACUGGGAGGCGGUGAGGGACACCCCCUACAUAAUGGGAGGCAAGAGCUGCCCCCUUCCCCCUACCUGUCAGCAGAGUGUGCAGGACGCAGGCGGCCCCACUCUGAUGGGCAGGAUCCUGACCCACUCCUGCCCCUCCCCAGCCCCUGCCCCUCCACCAUGAUUUCACCCUCCCUUCUAUUCCCAGCCCCACUGGCAGAAUCAGCUUUGAGUAACUGUACAGUUUUUCUCGCUGUUGGAGAAGACUUAUUUGAUGGAGUUUCACUUGUUUAAUGGUCUGGGCUUAUUUUGGAAAAAAAA